ACCUGAGAACACAAAAGCAAGAGAAAAAUGGAUACGAAAAAAAUGGGUUUGAUUUUAGGAUUGUUAGGGUUCUUUUUUCUUGAUGGUCUGCUCCUUUGCAUGGCUCGUCCCCAAAUCCGCUGUUACGAUUUUGUUCUUCAAGAAUCGAAUUUUACAAAGCUGUGUAGCACGAAAAGCUUGUUGACUGUAAAUGGCAGUUUUCCGGGGCCAACCAUCAAGGCUCGUAGAGGAGAUACCGUGAUUGUUAAUGUCCACAAUCAAGGAAAAUAUGGUGUCACCAUUCACUGGCAUGGAGUGAAGCAACCAAGGAAUCCAUGGUCAGAUGGUCCAGAGAACAUAACACAAUGUCCAAUUAAACCAGGAGACAACUUCACUUAUGAGGUGAUAUUGUCCACCGAAGAAGGAACCCUUUGGUGGCAUGCCCACAGUGACUGGACUCGCGUAUCAGUUCAUGGCGCUAUUGUUAUUUCACCUGCUGCUGGAAAAACUUACCCAUUUCCUAAACCUUACAAGCAAAGGACAAUCAUACUUGCAUCCUGGUACAAGCAAGAUGUACAGGCGAUGAUUACUAAUUCCAUUGAAACUGGAGUCAAUCCAAGCACAUCAGAUGCCUUCACCAUCAACGGCAAACCAGGAGACCGAUACAAUUGCUCCAGUGACUCAAUUUAUCGCCUGAAAGUUAAAUAUGGCAAGACCUAUCUUCUUCGCAUUGUGAAUGCCGUGAUGAACGAAGAACAUUUUUUCGCAAUUGCAAAACACAAUCUCACAGUUGUUGGGCAAGAUGGAGCAUACAUAAAACCGAUAAACACGAAUUAUAUAAUGAUAACUCCUGGACAAACAAUGGACAUUUUGUUCACCGCAAACCAAAAUCUUAGCCACUAUUACAUGGCUUCUGCUCCUUUCUUCGAUAGCACCGUUGCAUUUAACAACUCAACAACUACCGCAGUUGUUCAGUACGAAGGCAAAUACAGUGCCCCAUCUUCUCCUUUCUUCCCGAACCUUCCUUUUUACAAUAACACAGAAGCCGCAGAAAACUUCACCAAGCGCGUAAGGAGUUUAGCCAGUAAAGAACAUCCCAUCAAUGUCCCGAAAAAUAUCACCACGCGGAUUUAUAUAUCAGUAGCUUUAAAUCGAUUAUUGUGCCCCAACAACUCGUGCAAUACCACAGCGGGUGAUAGGCAAUCUGCAAGCUUAAACAACAUCAGUUUCGAGACUCCUAAAAUCGAUAUACUACAAGCAUAUUAUAGGAGGUUGGGCAACGUUUUCAAUGGAAAUUUCCCGAGUGAGCCGCUUGAUUUUUUUAACUUCACUGGAGAUGUGUCCAACAUAACAUUGUACACAGCCCAAGGGACAAAGGCGAGGAUGAUAAAUUAUGGUGAAGUGGUUGAAAUUGUGUACCAGAAUACCAAUCUUGGGGCUCCGGAAAGUCAUCCAAUGCAUUUACAUGGUUUCAGCUUUUAUCUGGUUGGGACAGGUUCGGGGAAUUUCAACAAUGUGACUGACCCUUCCACUUAUAAUUUAGUUGACCCACCAGAACUUAACACUAUUAACCUCCCUAAAAAUGGAUGGGCCGCCAUUCGAUUUAUUGCUGAGAAUCCUGGAGUGUGGUUUCUGCAUUGUCACUUAGAAAGGCAUGCAACCUGGGGAAUGGAUACAGUUCUGAUUGUAAAGAAUGGGAAAUCCAUGGAUCAGAAAAUUCGACGACCACCAGCUCACAUGCCUCCUUGUUCUUAAGUGAUCAUAUUCUUAGAAUAUUUUCUCUCUUUCAUUCAUAUUUUAAAUGUUUAAGGAAUAAUAUCAUUUAUUGUUUAAUUGAAUAAUCUGCAAAACAUAGUGUUUUGUGGUGAUGAUUUGUAAUUGUAGCAACUU